GAGAACAUGAGCCAAACAAACCAGACCUGGGUGACACAAUUCUUCCUGUUGGGACUUUCUGGUGACCCUCAGACUCAGCUGCUACUCUUUGUAUUAUUCCUGGCAGUCUAUCUGGGCACCAUACUGGGAAACCUGCUCCUCACAUCUUUGGUUCUGCUUGACUCACAGCUCCAUACACCCAUGUAUUUUUUCCUGUGUAAUUUAUCUCUGGCUGACCUCUGCUUCUCGACUACCAUUGUUCCCCAAACCCUAAUCCACAUGUUAUCUAGAAGGAAAUUAAUUUCUUUCACAGGCUGUGCAGUUCAGCUUCUUCUCAUCCUGUUUUUUGGAUGUACACAGUGUUCCUUGUUAGCUGUGAUGUCUUAUGAUCGGUACUUGGCAAUCUGUAGCCCUAUGCACUACCCCCUCAUCAUGACAUGGAGAGUGUGUGUCCUCUUGGCUUUGGCAUGCUGGUCAAGUGGUGUUUUAGUGUCAAUGGUGGAUGCUACAUUCACAUUACGUCUCCCUUACCAAGGAGACAAUAGAAUUGCUCAUUUUAUUUGUGAGCCCCCAGCCCUUUUGGCUGUGGCAUCUGCAGACACACACAGCUCAGAGAUGGCUGUUUUCUUAAUGGGUGUGGUGAUUCUUCUUGCACCUGUGUCCCUGAUUCUGAUCUCAUAUGUGUGUAUCAUAGUGUCUGUGGUCAAGAUGAAGACAGCCUCAGGGAGACUCAAGGCCUUCUCCACCUGUGGCUCCCAUCUCAUUGUGGUCAUCAUUUUUUAUGGAUCAGCCAUUAUCAACUAUAUGACACCUAAGUCUGCCAAGGAGCUAGGGAAAAUGGUAUCUGUGUUCUAUGCAGUGAUAAAUCCUAUGCUCAACCCCCUCAUAUAUAGUCUGAGGAACAAGGUUGUAAAGAGGGCAUUCAGAAAUGUUGCCAAUAGGAAACUGUUCUGCAGUACCUGA